AUGGCCAAGUCGGGGAACCGCAGGACGAGGUCCUCGCCGCCGGCCACCGCCCUCGCCUCCGCAAUCACCACGUCCUCCUCAUCCUCCACAAACCUUGAAGAAACCGCCUCGCCGUACUUCCUACCUCAGCUGAUCCCAUUGACCGCGAGCCGCCUGACGACCCUCGAGGACUUCUUCGCCCUACGUGCCGCCUGCCGCGCCUACCGGGCUCACCUCCCGCUGUCAUCGUCCAACCUCGCCUCGCAGGGUCCGCUCCUCCUCGUCCCCCACAAGACCUCUGCCUCGGAAGCGCUCUUCCACGUCCCCCUCCGCCGCAUCCUCCGCUUCCGCCUCCCGCGCACCCCCCUGGCCCAUGGACGCCGCAGCCCCACCUGCUUCAGCCGUCUCUUCACCCCCCAAGACCUCAGCCUCACCUGCUUCCACUCCUUCGGCUGCCGCGUCGCCAUACAACGCAUGAGCGCCAACGCCAGCCGCCCCGAGAUCCGCAUCCGCCACCUCCUCACAGGUGAGCGAGCCCGCCUGCCCGAUCCCCCUGAAUGCGUUGGAGGUGUUCUCUUUUCCGACGACCUAAUCCUCGCCUUCACGCCAUGGCACCGGGACAUCUACUACUGCCGCAUUGGGGAUGCUCAGUGGCAAGCGGCGCGGUGCGACGAAUGCUACCACGUUUACAGUCUGAUGUUCGUGAAAGGCACCCUCUACGCAUUGAUUUAUCCAAAUUAUCGUCUUGCUGUUGUCGAGCUUGACAAGAAUUAUGUGGUAUUGUCGUUUCUUGGUGAUGAACUUAGCCCACAGACAGUUCCAAAAAGUUCGGUGGCCUGGCUCGCAGAGUGUCAGGGUGAGCUAAUGCUAAUUAUCGAAAUCAGGUUGUAUCGUGUUUUCCAGUGGGGAUCCGGGGAAAGGAAGUGGGCGAGGACACAUAGCCUUGGUGGUUGCAGCUUGUUCUUUAAUAUGCAUGAGUUCGCUGGUUGCCUUGGUCCAGAUCAUCCGGGAGUUCGAAGAGACUGCUUGUACUUUACUGGAAGCCUUGGGAACUGGAGCGAGUAUUCUCUGGUUGAUAGAUCUUUGCAUGAAAUUAUUGCUGACUACCCAGGGCAAGCAGUUCCUCCAAUACUUCGGUUGAGAGGCCACAACCCAUGUGACUCCCUGAAGUAUGACCGUCGCUACGAGCCUUAUUUUAGAAGAAUGGAUCUUCUCCAGUUUGUGCUCAACUUUAAAGGCACACCACCAUGGCUGAACUCGACGGUCAUUACCGCCCUUACGGACCGUUGGAGGCCGGAGACGCACUCUUUUCACCUUGCUCUUGGUGAGAUGACCGUCACUUUGGAGGAUAUUGCGAUGAUCUCCGGGCUUCCGAUCGAGGGCAGGGCUCUUAUCGGGAAGGUGAAGUCUGAGGGGUGGCGACAAAGGGUUGCAGGUUUGGUUGGUGUUGAACCUCCCCCGUGGAUUCAUGAAACAAAGAAGGAUCCUAGGCCAUCCGGUGUUUUGUUCUCGUGGCUACAGGAACAUUUUUACGAGUGCACAGAGAAUGCCAGUCCGGCUGUUGUGGAGAGUUGGACGGAGCAUGUAUGA